AUAAAAUUAUAGUCUUGAAUAGGAUUUGAUGUGAAGAGCAGGAUUCUCAAGUCUCAACCAAGACCCAUCCAUGCUUUCACACCAAAUACUACGCUAAAUGCAUUUAAAGAACACAGACCUCGAUUGGUCAAACAAUUCAUCCCCACAAUUUAUAAACCACACUCCUCCGUUCUUCACUCAUUCCCCUCAAAUCCCCAUGGAUCCCAAAUCACAGAAGAUCACAAAAUCCCUUCGAGACUACAUCUUCAGGAUCAAAAUCCACCAACGCUCACAAAUCAAAUUACCCUCCAAGAAAUGGAUCCUCGCCGCCUGCAAACAUCCUAGGACUCCUUCUCUCGACAUAGACAACAUGAAAAACAACAACGUCAAAGACGACGAAGCCAUGUUAGCGGACAUCGACCGUUUCCUCUUUGAAAAUUUCAAGUCCCUAUUCCUCGAUGACCGUGAAGAACCCGACAACAACAUUAACCGCAGAGCAGAAAUGUCUCCCAAACUGGACCCCAUCCGCUUUGACUCUUCUAGAAGGUUCUUCACGGACGCAACCACCGAAGAGGGGUCCAGCUCCGCCAUGUCGGAAAGCGAGACCGCCGAGGAGUCGACGGUUGUUCCGGGAAAUUGUGUGGUGGUGCUGGCCAACUCAGGGAACCCCAGCGAGGAUUUCCAGCGAUCCAUGGAGGGCGUGGUGGAAGCGAGAUUAAGGAAUUGUGAAAAGGUGGAUUGGGACUUCAUGCAAGAGCUUUUGUUUUGUCACAUGAACCUCAACCAGAAGAAAUCGCACAAGUUCAUUCUUAGCGCCUUUGUUAAUGUCGUCACUGCCAUGCGCAGCCCGCCGGAGAUUGCUCCGCCGAAGCCUACGCCGCCGCGAAGCGUUCGGACAGUUAGGAUCGGAAGGGAGGUGCGGAAGAAGACGAAGGAAGCAGUUACCUUGGAAUUUAGAUCGCAGUAAAUUACUUGUGGAUGGAGGAGGUUUAAUUAGUCGUAAUAAAAGCAUGGAAACAACUUGUAUGAAACUUGGAUUUAAUUGAAAUUUAUUUUGUGGAGAUAGGAUAAAUUUCUAUUAAAUAUGUGUUUAACAAAGUUUUAUACCGAAACUAAAAAAGAACAUAUGUUUUUCUUUUUCUUUUGUUUUUUGUUUGGUUAAGAACUGCAAGCAAAUAAGGUGAAUGAAAAUUUGUACUUCUGUCGCA